AUGAGCACGAUCGUCGACAGGAUCAAGGCCAUCGAGGACGAGUGCGCCAAGACGCAGAAGAACAAGGCGACCUCGUACCACGUACUGGGACAGCUCAAGGCCAAGCUCGCCAAGCUCAAGCGUGAGCUUCUCACGCCGUCUUCUGGUGGUGGUGGAGGUGCGGGUGUCGGCUUCGACGUGGCGAGGACGGGUAUCGCGUCAAUCGGGUUCAUCGGUUUCCCUUCCGUCGGCAAAUCGAGUCUGAUGAGCGGCUUGACCGGCACCGAGUCGAUCGCGGCGGCGUACGAGUUCACGACCCUCACCACCGUUCCCGGAACGCUCCAGAUCCACGGCGCCCCGAUCCAGAUCCUCGACUUGCCCGGUAUUAUCGAGGGCGCCAAGGACGGCAAGGGACGUGGUCGUCAGGUCAUUGCCGUGGCACGAACGUGCAACCUCAUCUGCAUCGUCCUCGACGUCCUCAAGCCGCUCGCCGACAAGGCCGUCAUCGAGAAUGAGCUCGAGGGCUUCGGCAUCCGCCUCAACAAGCAGCCGCCCAACAUCACGUACAAGAAGAAGGAGAAGGGCGGCAUCGCCAUCACCAACACGCAGCCGUUGACCAAGCUCACGCACGACGAGAUCAAGGCCGUCAUGAGCGAGUACCGCAUGGCCAACGCCGACAUCCACAUCCGCUGCGACCCGACGCUCGACGAGUUCAUCGACGUCAUCGAGGGCGGCCGCUGCUACAUCCCGGCACUGUAUUGCCUGAACAAGAUCGACGCCAUCAGCAUCGAGGAACUCGACCUCCUGUACCGCAUCCCGAGCGCCGUCCCCAUCUCGGCCAAGGACUGGCUCAACAUCGACGAGCUCAUCGAGACGAUGUGGGACAAGCUCUCGCUGCGCCGCAUCUACACCCUCCCUCGAGGCGCCAAGUCGCCCGACUAUACGGCGCCCGUCGUCCUGCGCUCGUCCCACUGCACUGUUCGCGACUUCUGUAACUCGAUCCACCGCGAGAUCGCCCAGCAGAUCAAGUACGCCGUCGUGUGGGGGACGUCGGUCAAGCACUCGCGCGGCCAGAAGGUCGGUCUCGAUCACGUCCUUGAGGACGAAGACUGCGUGCGGCUCAUCAAGCGGAUCUAGUUCCUCGAGGUCGGUCGACAGUGAGCGAGCGAGGAGGGGAGACGAGGAGGACGCGGGCCGGGAGGAGGACGAGCCGUCGAGGAGCGAGGAGGAGGAGGAGAAGGUCGAGGAGGUGGGGCGGCUCUGUACAGCGCGCUGUAGCUUUCUGAAGUGCAUCUCUCGACUCCACAGUGCAUCGUC